UCACUCUCACUCUCUCUCUCUCUCUCUGAAUCUUGUUUCGGAAGCUUUCUUCUCUCUAUAGAAAGUAGAGUUCCGUUCUCUCUCUCUCUCUCUCUCUCUGAUUUUUCGGAUUUGGGUUUUUGGGAAUUGGGGAGAAAAGUGAAAGGACGAAGAAGCUUUACUCGAGUGACCAUUGUUCUUUGUUUGUUUCUCUCUUCUCAUGGAAGAAAGGGAGGUUUUCGCAGAAACCAAGUUUACGAAGCGUACAAUGUAGGCCAGGAAGUACUGGUUCCAUAGCAUAGCAGAAGAAGACACCACAAGAUGGGCAAGUAUCAUCGAAACGACGUUGGAUCCCUGGUCCUCGACCACCGCCCCGCCGGCGGCGGGAACUCCCGGCUGUGGGCAUCGUUUUCAGGAGCGUCUUUCCGCCGGAUCAUCGUCGACGCCAUGCGCUGCGGCGGCGGAGGCUCGAAACCCUCGGUGGAGGCCCCGAGGGAGUGUGUGCCGAAGCAGGAGGAGAAGAAGAAGAAGAAGGAGAAGAAGAAGAAUGCGGGAUCGGAGAAGCUGUCGGAGCUGCUUAGGAUGUCGGAGUCCUCGGAGGGGGAGCCGGAGGGCGAGGGGGCGACGGCGGAGGAGGUCAAGAAGAAGGUGGAGGCGCUGGAGGAGAUGAAAGCGGUGGUGAAGAGACUGCAGAACGACGACGUACUCGCGGCGGCGAUCGAUGUUCGGAGGCUCACGAAGGAGGAUUCCGAGGCGAGAACCAAUCUCGCAUUGCUCGGAGCAAUUCCGUCGCUGGUAGGGUUGCUGGAUUCGGAAGACGUCGAUGCUCAGAUCGCCUCUCUCUACGCUCUUCUCAAUCUCGCCAUCGGCAAUGACGCGAACAAAGCUGCUAUUGUAAAGGCAGGAGCUGUUCACAAGAUGCUGAAGCUGAUUGAUUCUCCGAACGGGUCUCCAGGAAACUUGGCUGUUGCUGAAGCAGUAGUUGCUAAUUUUCUGGGUUUAAGUGCUCUAGACUCUAAUAAACCUAUCAUUGGUUCUUCAGGUGCAAUUCCAUUCUUGGUGAGGUUUCUGAAAGAAUUGGAUAAAACCAGUGGUACUCAAGCCAAGCAAGACUCACUGCGAGCGCUUUACAAUCUUUCAAUCUCGCCUAUGAAUGUGCCAUUGAUUUUAGAAACCAACUUGGUACCAUUUCUAUUUGCCGCAUUGGGUGACAUGGAAGUGAGUGAAAGAAUCCUCUCAAUUCUAAGCAAUGUUGUAUCAACACCAGAAGGUCGAAAAACAGUCAGCACUAUGCCAGAUGCAUUCCCAAUUCUAAUUGAUGUGUUGAAUUGGACCGACUCAAUAGGGUGUCAAGAGAAAUCGUCCUAUAUCUUGAUGAUUAUGGCUCACAAAUCGUACAGAGAUAGGCAAGUUUUGAUUGAGGCUGGAAUUGUUUCGUCUCUGCUCGAGUUAACACUUUUAGGUAGCCCAUUGGCACAGAAAAGGGCUUCGAGGAUCUUGGAGAUUUUAAGAGUAGAUAAAGGAAAGCAAGUUUCAGAAAGUUUUGGAGCUGGUACUGCUGCCGCUGUGUCUGCUCCUUUAUGUGGAUCUUCAGCUGCAUAUGCAGGGCCGAAUCAUCAAUCAAGGGAGCCUUUGGAGGUGGUAGAAGACAUGAUAAGUGAAGAGAGAAAAGCAGUGAAGCAAUUAGUCCAGCAGAGCUUACAGAACAACAUGAGGAGGAUUGUGAAAAGGGCCAAUUUGCCUCAAGAUUUUGUUCCUUCUGAUCAUUUCAAGUCCCUGACAACAACUUCAACUUCUAAGAGCUUACCUUUCUGAGAAGAGCGAAUAUAUUCAGAAAUGAAGGAAGAUUUGAGAAGGAUUUGCAGCACGAUUUGAACACAAGGGGGAGUAUCUAAUUAAGAUUAGUGAGCCACUGUGUCCCAAUCAAGGCAUAUACAAUGUAUAUGCUUUGAUAUUAAUGUUCAUCGUGAGGAAGAGUUGUUUUGGCCCAAGAAAUUUAUAUUACCCUUGUCCAUAAAUUGUCCUGUAUUUAAGUUUUCUCUCUCUUCAGAUGUGAAUAAUCUGGUCUUAGAUUAAUAUAUGCAGCAGUAUAGUUUAUGUACUUUCUUGUUCAUCUUAAAACCUCUCCUUUGUUUGAUAUGUCUUAAGGAAUUUGUCAAAGUGCAUUAUAUGU